GAGUGAGGUAUUAAUUGUAUAUAGUGUAGCUCUACAUAAGGAAAUGUAUGUUUUGGUUUUAUGGUAGCACCUACAGGCUCAGACCAAGAUCAGGGCCCUGUUAUGCUAGAUACUAUCCAGAAAGGGAUUGUCUGGGCCCUGAAGAUCUUAGUAUAAACACACACGGGACAAAAGGGAUAUGACUUACAUACAGUUACAUUGCCAUAGCAAGUCAGCGACAAGGGCAGGAACAGAAUUCAUGCCUGCCAACUGCCGCUAUGGUGUGCUAUCCAUAGGACCCCGUACCCAACCCAGCACAACACCCUCCUUAACGUUUCCCCAUCCCUCUCUCCCGAACAGAUGGCAAUCUUUCGAAUCAAAAAGCGCUCGGAGUUUUACUUCCAACAUCAAGAGGCAUUCCGAAGGUACCUUCACUAGUGAUUUUACCAGAUAUUUGGACAAGAUGAAGGCCAAGGACUUUGUGCACUGGCUUAUCAACACAAAACGUUACAGCUCUACAAAGAGGUACAUAAAAGGAGACCACGUUAUCUCCUUCCCUUCUGACCACUCACUAUUUAGGUCCGAUUAGCCACCAGACCAAGAAAUCAGCUUUGUGGAAGGAUCUUCCCAUAGCUGUCUAGUGGAUCUAGUCACAUCUGACAAUGAUCAAAGGAUUCUUCAAUGAAACUGAAUUGUACUAGGUGUUCAUUGCUCCCGGCUAUUGUCAUGACAAGGUAUAGUGAAAUAUCCAACAUCUGUGAUGAAAUGAUGUCAGCACGCCAUGUUAAAAUGGAUUUGUUUUGACCCUUUACACUACUGUUUUCGUGUUGUCUGUAGGCUGCUUCUCUGGCACCAGAGUUUCUGCACGUUCUCGUAAAUGACAAUAAAAACCAUGCUAAAUGAA